AAAGUUUUGUAAAAAAGCAUGUUGAUAAAAAAAGUCGAUAUUUGUCAGAGGUGAACACUGUUUAAUUGGCAUAUUUGUACCGGUUCAAUAACAUCCAUCGAUAUAACUAUACCUUAUCCUAGUAGUCUCAAUCACGUUCGCAUAAUUAGUUUUGGUCAAAUAUACAGCUGAUAAGGCACGUUGAAAUAGUUUCCUUUACACCGGGACUUUUGUGCCAGAUGAGCGUUUCACAGCACGUGAGCCACUCUCAUUCACAAACUUGAAAUAUCCUAUUUCACCCGUAGGUCCAAAGGAUACUUCGUGCAUACUGUAUAAAUAUAGCAUAUACAUUAAUAUACACUAUAUUCCAGUAUGAGUACCACCGUUAAAAUUACACAAGAAAGGAGAGGUUCCAGAAGCGUAGCACGUGAAGAUGAUAGUAUAGAAGUGCCUAAGCGGGCAUCCUACUUCAAAUAUGCACCGCUAGACCAUGCUGUCUCGGGGUUGGGUGCAGGUUUUACUACCACAGCCAUUCUGCACCCUUUAGACCUCAUCAAGACUCGUCUUCAGGGU